AUGGCACGGGUCACGAAGGAUGCUACUGCUAUAAUCCCUGACGAAACACUCUCCUUGAUAUUUACAUUCCUUCGGUCCAUUGACCCUGUUACUUAUCGUGAACGCAGCCCGACUCAGCCUAAGUCCUGCGGCGCAUUUACCGCUGCUCACAACCGUUCCUUCGGUUGGGUCAAUGUCACCUUCGUUAAUCGCCGAUGGAGACACGUCGCGAUUAACAAUGGGACUCUAUGGACCAAUCUGACUAACUUCCUUGGUCCUCAUUGGCUUAACGAGAUGGUGCGGAGGAGCAAGAGUGCACCGCUGGACAUCGACAACAACAACUUCUCAUCUGCGUGGAAGCAGGUCAAUCAGCCGCUGCGUGCUGUUCUAACGCUCUUCAACGCGCGCAUAUCUUGUUUGUGGCUACGCACUCCGACCAUGGAUGUCUUCAACCAGACCUUUUCGGUCCGCAUGGAUUCCCUCCAAGAGUUCUCACUCGCCCUGGAUCGUCGCAUCUCUGCAUGCCCCCUUGCCAAUCUUCUAGACCGCGCACCUUUACUUCGAUCUCUGCGCCUAGAUCUGCCAGAGCUCUCGUAUGCGCCCUGGGGUCAUUCCGCGUUGAACAAUAUCACGUCGUUGAACCUCAUCUUGCAGAGCACCAAAACCGGCAUUCUGAUGCCAGAGCUCUUGAACGCGCUCAGUCGCAUGCAUUACCUCUCGGAGCUCAGCCUAAAAGAGCUGCACGUCGGGACCCCGAACUUGUCGUGCAGUCAUCGCUGCUCUGCGACGCCCGAUGAUCUGAUCAUCUUGAACAGCAUGAAGUCGAUGAUCGUGGAUAGCCCUCUCGAAACACACGCGCAUAUUCUGCGCCACAUUCGGGUACCCUCCCAUACCCGGCUAGCCCUCGUAUCUCCGAACACCGUUACCCCCGAGACAUGCUCUAGUUCCAAGAUCGCAUUCGUCCACGAAGCUCUGGCGCACGAGCUCGGCCCCUUCAUGCGUUCCUACGCGGUGAAGCCGAUGUUCCACUCCGCCUACUUGAACUUCGAGUCCAACUGGAACGGAGUCACUGCUAGCCUUGGGCUAUCAAGACAGGCCCAUCCCGAGCGUCCGAUCCCCGGUGUCUUGCUCUGCAGCAAACAUCCCCACGCUACCCUCACAAACGACUUCACCGUGCACUUCCACGACGCACAGGCGCCCAUCAUCCUUCCGCUCUUGCCAUUGCCCACGAUCCGAGCGUUGACCGUGCUAGAUGCCGGUAUCUCGCUUGCGCGCGCACAUCUGGCCUUCUUCCCCGGCGUCCAGCGACUCCGUCUCUGCGUGUCGCAGCUGAACUCGCUCUACGGCAUCAGCUUCCUCGAAGACACGGCCGUUCUCCCCAAUCUCCGCGUCCUCGAUACGGACGCGAACGUCUUCGUUCUUCGCACGGUAUUGAUGUGCUUCACAUCCCACGGGCUACACGUUGUUCCCGAGCGGUUCCCCGCCCUUGAAAAUGUAUUCGAGGCGCGUCGGCAGACGGCUACGCCGAUAGAGGCAAUCUACCUGCAUGUCGAAGAGGAGAUUGCGCUCGUGAAGCAGGGGCGCAUCGCGGAGACGAGCUGCAAGAAGCUUAGGGAAGACAUCGUGCGCGAGUCUAUCCGGCGCUUGGAAGGCGUGUAUGGGGUCCAGAUCGUACGGAAGGACUUCGAUGUGUUCUCCCUCUAG